AUGCCGUUGCCACAGACACAGGCCUCUGGGCUGGAGCUGCAUCGCCCCCAGGAGCCGGUGGAGCCGCACACCCCAGCCCAGGGCGCCCGGCGGGCGAGCAGCGAGGACACGCCCAGCGCCCAGCAUGAGGGCUUGAGGCCUGGCCUGGGCACCUUGCGGCGGGCCCUCUCGAGGGCGAGCCAGCGGGCCUCGGUUCGAGCCUCCCGGGGAGACGCAGGGCUGCUCAGGCUCAGCGGCCGCUUCCUGUUCGGGUCUUUGCGGCACACUCCAGACAACUGCCCUGCCGUGGACCAGACCGGGGUGACCUCGGAGCCAGGGCCAGCCUGCGGCAGGAAGGUGUCCUCCAAGGCCAAGGAAGAUGUUGGCCGGCGGUUGUCCACGGGGGCGGGGCCUGAGGAAGCCAAAGGCACGUCCGUGGCAGACCUCAUCUCCGAGCGGCAACUCCUAGCCGCCUUCGAGCGGCUGCGGCACCUGGAGACGGGGCUAGUGACCGAGAAAGCCUCGUGCACCUUCCAGCAAGACCCCACGGGCUUUGCGCGGCGCGCCAUGGACGUGUGCCUGCACUACGACGGGCUGGCCGCGGAGAUCGGCGCCAUCGUGCGCGAGACGCUGCGCCCGGAUGGCGUGGACGCGGCCGCGCUCGCGGAGCUGGCCCGAGUGGUGCGCGCGGAAGAAGAGGCCCACCCGGAGCCCCCCGCAGACGGCGACUUUCUGCGCACGCCGCGCCGCUGGCGCCAGUACUGGGAGGACGCCGUGCGGCGGAGCGCAGAGGAGCGCGUGCGGCAGGCGGGCGCGGGGGAGGCCCCGGGGGCGGCCGACGCUGCCCCCGACUUGGCGCGGCUCCUGGCCGAGCUCGGCGCUUUGGUUCGCCGCGACCUGCAGAAGGUGCAGCGGGAGGUGCACCCCGCUUACGCGGCCGCCGGCUUCCCGGCGUGGGAGGCCUACCUGCGUGCCUUCCACGGCGCGGUGGCCGGGCGCCUCCAGGAGCUCGCGCACGACGCCCGCGGCUGCGAGCAGCUCUACGUGCUGCUGGACUGGGCCGCCAACGUCUACAGCAGUCCUGAUUUCCUGGGCUCCCAGGACCAGGCUCUGCCCUCGGAGCCGCUGCCCCCGCUCCUGGCACCGGACGUCUGGGCCCGACUGGAAGACGACUACACCAGCUUCCUGGAGACCAAGAUCGAGAGCUGCUUCGAUGGCAUCCUGCAGCUGGAGCAGAGUCGCUGGGCGGCUGCGGAGGCCCCCGAAGAGCUGCGGGGCCUCUACCACACGCCGCUGUCCUUCGACGUCUGCAUGCUCGUGGCGGAGCACGUGAAGGCGGCCGGCGCCAUCUCCGCAAAACUGGAGGCCACCACGUUGGGGAUCUGCGCGCGGGCGCUGGGGCUCUUCCUGCACAGGUUCGAAAAGGCUUUUCUGGAGUCCAGGGCGGUGACCGAGCCUAACCUGUGCGCCAGCAUCAAUGCCUGCGAGGAGCUCAGGACUCACCUUCUGGCCAAGUUCCCAGAAAGCUUUGGAGAGCUGGAGAAAGCCCUGGGGGCUGCCACCCGUGCCUUUCAGAAGCAGCUGCUCCAGGGCUUGCAGGGCGCUGUGCAGCCGCUCUUCAGGGCCCUGUGCACCAAGGCCUGGCUGACCCAGGACCUGCUGCAGCCCCUCAUGGACAAGGUGGUGGCCUUCUCGGGCCUCCUUGAGCACAUGGCCCCACCCCUGGCCCAGGAGACUCUGCAGCAGGUGCACCGCUACGUUGUCCGCGAGUACCUGGCGCAGGCGCUGCGACCCCGUGAGCGGCUCCGGGGUGUGGACCGCCGGAGCGGCUCCCAGAAGAUGGGCCUCGAGGCGCAGGCCAUCGGCAAUACCUUCCAGGGCUUGGGCUCCCAGGCCACGUGGCUGGGCCAAGCUAUCCCAUGCGUGGCUGACAUACUGGGCGAGACUCACAAAGACGACAUCAGGCGGCACCUGGAGACGCUCAUCAGAAGCUACCCCGACAUCAGGCGGGACCACGUGCUGGCCAUCCUGGCACUGCGCCGACUGGGCCGCCGUCGGAACCAGAACUUCUUGCGCCACGCCCAGGCCAUGCUGAAGGCUGCCGCCAAGGCCGGGGGCUCCGGGGCCGCCGGGGGCCACGUGCUCUUCGAGGAGAUCGAGUUGGGCACCUGCGUGGACGUGCUGGUCACCUGCAUCUAG